CGCCUGCCUGCCCGCCCGCCCGCGUCCAUGCCGCCCAGCCGGCAACCGCCGCCCGCCUCUGGGCCCCGGGGCCCGCGCCUCGCCGUCCUGCUGCUUGCGCCGCUGCUGUUGCUGGCCCUCCAAGGGGUGGCGGCGGCACCCGCGGGGGCCGGGGGACCCGAGGACACCCCUGGGCUCCAGGACGCCGAGCUCCAGCGCGGACUCCUGCAGCAGGCGGCGCGCGCGGCGCUGCACUUCUUCAACUUCCGUGCGGGCUCGCCGAGCGCCCUGCGAGUGCUGGCCGCCGUGCUGGAGGGCCGCGCCAGGGUUAAUCCAAAGAAGGAAUGUCAAGUUGACCUGGUGUUUACCACAGAUCACUAUAACCCAGAGGCUGGUGAGGAACGUUUGGGGAAAUGUUCUGCUCGAGUGUUUUUCAGGAAUCAGAAACCCAGACCGGCCAUUAAUGUAACUUGUACACGGCUCAUUGAGAAGAACAAAAGACAACAAGAGGAUUACCUGCUUUACACGCACAUGAAGCAACUUAAAACCCCGUUGGAUGUAGUCAGCAUACCUGACAGUCAUGGACACAUUGAUCCCUCUCUGAGACCCAUUUGGGAUUUGGCUUUUCUUGGCAGCUCUUACGUGAUGUGGGAAAAGACAACCCAGUUUUUACACUACUACAUGGCACAGAUCAGCAGUGUUAACCAAUGGAAAACAAAUGAUGAUGGAGUUGAUUUUGAUUAUACCAUUCUACUCCAUGAAUUCUCGACACAGGAAAUCAUUCCCUGUCGUAUUCACUUGGUCUGGUACCCUGGUAAACCACUUAAAGUGAAGUACCACUGUCAAGAGCUACAGAUGCCAGAAGAAGCCUCUGGAACUGAGGAAGGUUCAGCAGUGGCACCGACAGAGCUUAAUAAUUCCUGAAAAGAAAAAAGGAUCUGUUUAUACCAAAUUAUAAACAAAGUGACUAUACUAAAUAGCCUAAAUAAUUACUCUGGUAAAAUAGGUAAGGUAUAAGGUAGUCUAAUAUUUGAGAAAGCCUGCAAUUACCAUACUCAAAAAUUACAAGAUGCUUUAAUUCUGGGAACAUAGGCAUACACUGAACUCUGCUCAGUGCUAAACAGUUUCCUCCAUGGGUUUCUCAGGGUUUCAACCCUAAAAUGUAAAAAACAGUUAGUGUAUGCUGUAAUUGGAUCAAUAAGUGUUUAGCAAAACAAAACAAAAAUUAACGGUCUCACCACUGUAUUUCUCAUUACUCUGAACGUAGUGCAACCAACCCUUUUCUGUUGCUAAAUUCCUUCUACCUAGGAUGUAAAAAAGAUAAUAUAUCACAAUGAAAGCAAAUUGUAGGGAACAUGUUAUCAGUUAAGAGGAACUUUACUACUUUUUAUCAUUCCAAGCUCUACUUUUAAAUGUUUACAUUUCUAUAUAAAAUGUGUUCAGUAUGUUUGUAGAGAUUUGUAUACAUUUGCAAAAUUUGUGCUAAACUGAAUAAAAUUAACUCAAUAUUGCUUAAUUCAAA